AACUAAACUAAACGGGAUCCUCCAGUUUGAAGGACGUCCGACUCAGGAAAAAAUCCUUUCUGAAGACAACCCCCUCACAUUCCCACAGAUUUAUUUUUAUUAUUUUAAAUUCACAGAUUGGAUAUUUUUUUAGAUUAAUUUUAUUCACCUGAACGGAGGGAUUUGAAACCGAUUAGGAGGGUUAAUGGAUCGAUAUGAUCAACUGGAUCUGGACUUGGAGUGCGAAGAUGGAGGAUCUGUUGCUCAUAAAGCCACGUUGUUCAGUGGGGUGUUCAGGAAAUCAUCCAAGACUGCACAACCAUCUCCAAAAGCACAAGAGGCUUCAAUUUCCUCACACCACCCUGAGUUGUCUGCCAGCAGUGACAGCUUAACAGACAAUAAAUCAUCUAAGGAUAAAUCAGGAAUGUUUGGUGGAAUACUGAAGAGAUCACCCCGACCAGGACACACCCGCUGGCCGUCUCAGGAUGUCUUAGACUUUCCAGGUUGUGAUGAAAACCACUCUGAAAGCACCAACACGAAGGACAGCUUAUCAGCGAACGGUGAACUCUCUGCAAGCAGCGACAGUCUCUCAGAGAGCAGCAGCAGGGAGUCAGCACGGAAGGUGAAAAAGUCUCCUAAAUUUAACGGGAUGAGAGCAGCUUCAAAGGAAGAUUUGUCUGCUCAAAGCGAGCUCUCGAAAAGCAGCGACAGUCUUUCCAAGACAAAAGAGUCAAGCGGGUUUGGUGCAAUCUUUAAAAACCCUUUUGGAGCAAGAGCGCCCUCUCAGGAGGAUUUAACAGCAGCCAGUGAGGUUUCUGAAAGUAGUGAGAAUCUGUCUGAAAAUCACACCAAGGAAAAAGGAUUCUUUGGUGGCAUGUUCAAGAAAAAAGUUGCAAGGUCUCAGUCUCAGGAUGAUUUGUCUGUGGAUGAGGAACUCUCGGUUAAUCUCUCAGAGAAACCUUCAAAGGGUGGAGUGGCAGCCAAGAUCCUGAAGAAUCCCUUCACCUCGUCGGCUCAGGAAAAGGAAAAAACGGAAAACGUUGGAGACCGAGAUGAAAUCAGCUCUGCUGCUCUGAAACCUAAAACAAAAAAAAGUGGUUUCAGUGCGGUGAUGAAGACCACGUUCUACAGUGAGAAACAGGAGAAAAGCUCAGCGGCUGGUGAUGAGGAAACAGCAGAAGGAGACGGAGAAAAUCAGCACAGUCACAAGCAGAGCAAGCUGGUUGGGGCCAUGACGAAGCUGAAUCCAUUCAGAGCUGCACAAAAACAGGAGAACCAGACGGGAUCCGACGAUGAAGAUCAAACUCUGAGCAGCGAGAAGUCAUCAAUUAACAAACAGAGCACCAUGGUUGAAGCCAUGAACAAACUGAAUCCGUUCCGCUCUGCAGCUAAAAAGGACACUGAGGUCACGCAGACCUCUGCGGAGAACGGGAAGCAGUCGGAAAACAAGGCGGAUCUGGUCAAGAGUAAUUUGAUCCAGACAGAAAGGAAGGAAAAGGGUGAAACUCCUCCAGUCCUACGCAGACCAAGAGCAGAGGCGAUGAAGACGACAUCCAUGCAUGACAUGGAAAAACCAAAACCAGAGGAGAAGAAGGAAAAACUCCCUAGAGAGAAGAAAGGAAAACCUUCACAGCCUCCCGUUGUUCCACCCAGACCAUCAGAGGAGGAAAUGAGCAAAACUGUCAGACAUCGCAAGAAAGACAAGCAAGAGCAGAGCCAAUCAGGAGAAGAAGCCAACGGAGAAGAAUCAAAUGGGACCAAACCAGCCAAGGUUAAAAAUCAGAAGCAUCAUCAUGGACUCCUACCACAAGUCGGAUUCAAGGCUGGGUCCGAUGAUGAAGGGCUGAAAGAUGAAGAGUCUUUACCCAAAGAGGAAGAUAAAGAUGAGGACAAAGAGAAACCAGAAAAGUCCAAAGUGAAAAAGCCAAAGAAACACAAUCCUUUCAUGCCCCGGAUCAAGGCUGCAUCUGAUGAUGAAGGGCUCAAAGACGAAGGAGAGGAAAUUAAAGAAGUUGAGGAAGAGAAACCAGAGAAGGGUGCGUCUGAUGAUGAAGGGCUGAAGGAUGAAGAUGAGUCAUCGUCUAAAGAGGAAAUUAAAAAUGAUAAGGAAAAACCAGAAAAGCCCAAAUUCAAGAAGCCGAAACACAAUCCUUUCAUGCCUCGGCCUAAGGGUGCAUCUGAUGAUGAGGAACUAAAAGACAAGGAAGAGUCUUCAAUUAAAGAGGAAAUUAAAGAAGAUGGGGACAAGGAGAAUAUGGACAAGCCCAAAGUCAAGAAACCAAAGAAGCACAAUCCUUUCAUGCCUCAGAUCAAGGCCAAAGUCAUUCAGAAGAACAGACCAGGCGGAGCUGAGGCAGAGAAUGCAGGACCCCAGAGGUCUUUAUUUGACCAGCUGGAGGAUUUCCGCAUGGAGCCCUCAAGGCCAGAUGAAGGCCAGGAUGUGGAGGAUCUCAUGGACUGGUGGAACAAUUUGCCACAGACACAUUAUCUGGAAAUGAUGCUAUUUGUUGGUUGUCACGUUUUUAACAUCAGCUUUUCCUUUGUCAGGGCCUUCGCUGUAACUGCAGAAAAGCUCCAGAAGGGAAUCCGAGUUUUCAACAAGCUGUUCUCCGAGCGAGCCGAGAGCCUCUGGCAGCACGUCAUCGACCUCAACACCAUCGCCGACGGCCUGGACAAAUUCAACAAGAAGACAAAGAUCGCACAGAUCACCGGCGGCUCCACCAGCGCCAUCGGGGGCAUCACCACCAUCACUGGCCUCGCCCUGGCUCCGUUCACCAUGGGAACCUCCCUGAUUAUCACAGCCGUCGGCUUAGGUGUCGCCACGGCCGGUGGGUUGACUUCGGCCGGGGCCGGCAUCUCCAACCAGGUCAACAACUCUUUGGACCGCAAGAAGGUGGAGAAGAUCGUCGAGGACUACCAGGAGAAGAUCGACGACCUCAAUAAAUGCCUGAAGUUCAUCAAGCAGGGAAUAGAGAACCUGCGCAAGUUCGACCUGAUCAAGAUGAAGAAAACCGCGUACAACCAGGACUUUCCCGCGCUCACCAGUCAGUUCUACGAGGACGGCGCCAUGGCAGGGAAGGCCAUCCUCAUCAACGCCAACGAGAUCAUGCGUGUGGUGCAGAUCGCCAACGUGGCGGGGAGCACGGCCGCCAGGGCGGUCCAGAUCGCCAGCAUGGCCACUGGAGUCCUCACAGGGCUCUUUGUCGGGAUGGACAUCUACUUCGUAGCUAAAGACUCUAAGGAGCUGAAGAAAGGGGCAAAAUCAGAGUUUGCAGCCAAAAUCAGGGAGGUGACGGCACAGCUGCAUGACGGGCUGGUGGAGCUGAACACCAUCCGGGAGGAGCUGCACAGGACCACACCAGAAGGCAACGCAGACUGUGGCCAGACCUCUCACAAAGAGGGCACGGGCGAAAAGAAAGAGACAAGUGAGAAACAUGAUGAGAGUUCAGAUGAGGAUGAGAUCGACCGGAUUAAAAAAGCUAUAAAAAAGGACCUUGAGAACCGGGAAUAUGUCUGACUUCUACAGAUUAUUAUGGGGCGCUGCUUAUAAAUGUUACAGUAAGGAAUUAACAACAAUAUUUUUGGUUUAUUGAGCCAGUCAUAGAGGAGAAAAAUUGGGGAUUCAUUUUUCAAAGUCAUAUUUUGACAAUGUUAUUCUACAUUUAAAUAAUACAGUUACAAACUAAAUAUUGACUUAGGCUAAAUACUUAGUUCACAAGUCAGAUGCUAAUUAAAUACUUAGUUAUGCAAACUGACAAAAUAUUUAGCUUGCUACUUAAAUAUUUAGUUAGUACUCUAGCCUGAUCUGCUAAUUAAAUAUUUAGUUUGCUAGCUAAGUGUUUUAGUUAGCAGAGUAAUUAAAUGGUAGCCUACUAAGAUAAAUAUUUUGUUAGCAGGUCAGGCUAGGGUGUUAGCUAAAUACUUAGGUAGAAAACUAAAUACUUAGUUUGGAAAUAUCUUGCAACCUAAAUAUUUAGUUGGCACGUUAGCCUGGUUUCUUAAACAUUAUUUAGCUUGCUGACUAAAUAUUUUGGUCCAAGCUAAAGUAGAUGUCCAUUUUGUUUAAAAAAUAAAUAUUUCGUUUAGAAAUUAAAUGUUUAGUUUGGAAAAUAAAUAUUAAUUUUGGUGCUAAAUAUUUAGCUUGUGAAUUAAAUAUUUUGUUUGGAACUAUGAGAUUUAUAAAUGUAUAAAUAUUUUGGUGAAAAUGUGACUUUGAAAAAUGAACAAAAUUUUUUUUUUGUAUGACAGACUAAAUAUGCCGAAAUAUUGCUGUUAAUUUUUGUACUGUAUAACUUUAUAAUCUGCGUUAAACGUUAAAGUUUUAACAGGACUCUUUAAACUUUCCCCAUUCUGAACUUAUUUAAAACCUCCUGCUGCCGUUUCCUCUCCAGUUUCAUUGAGGAGACUGUCAAAUUGAAACCUACUCGUUCUAAUCAAAACACCACGUCAGUAGGAACCCAACCUUAAACUGCGGUUCACUGAGGAAAUCUGGAAGAACACAUUGUGUGAAGCGUCUUGUUUCAGAAGUGAGAUUUGAAGUUUUAAUUGAUUCGAUAGUGAUAUUUUACAGACCUUUCUUUUUAAAUAGGAUGAUGAUGGGUGCCUUUUUUUCAAUGAUGUCUUAAAACGGUGGCUGCAGUCACUGGGUGUAAUUUUUAUAAGUAGUGAAAUUUUGUUUUAUAGAAAGUGGUGGAUAUGAAUCUGGAUUGAUGAAAAUUUGUUUCAGGCUUGAAUAGCUUGCUAGCUAAAUAUUUUGAAUAAUCUUUAACAUUUUGCUGAGUUUUGCGACAUUUAAAUCUGCCUCCUUAUUUUAUCAGUUUUAAGUUACAUUUUGGGGUCAAAACCGUUAACAGAUUAGGUCACAUGUUGUUUCUUUGCAGACAAAUUCAGGAUGAAGAAGUCAAAAACUUAACUGCUAAUCAGUUAAUACAGAUUAUUCUUUAUUUUAAUGCACUUUGUUAAAAUGUGAAUCAGAGUUUAGAGUUUUUACACCAUUUAUUUGGUUUAGUUCAUGUUCUUAGCCACUUCCUGUUUUCUGUUGUCAUUUUAAGAGGAUAAAUCUAUGAACGUUGUUUUUAUCUCAGCAAAAACUUAUUAUUCCAGACUUUUUAAUGAAACAUUAGCUGGUAAAUCUCACCAUGAAUGAUUAUGAAUGUCACUGGUUUCCAUCACUGAAUUCAAGCCUGUGAGUUUUUAAAAAUAUAACUCAGUCUUAUUGAAUUGCUUAAUAUCAAUUAACUGGUACAUUUUAACUAAGCGAAUUUAAACCAAACAGACAGUUAUAUGUCCACUACAUGAGGUAUGCAAAUUAUGAUAUUUCCCUCUAAUUAUACUGUUACUUUAGAGUUAAAGGUCUUCUUUAGGUUCUGGUAUCAGCUGCUCUGUUGCCUGUUGUUAGCAAAUGUUUAUUUAUUGGUCUAUUUUGUUCUAUAAAGGCUGGAUUUGAAAUACUUCUACGUGCAAUAAACUGUCCAUGUGA